AGGAGGUGGAGGAAGGGACAUAGGCUUAAGUUAUUUUUAUCUCUGUUCAAUGUUUAUAUCUCUUUAGAUACAUAGCUGUAGCUCAUACUCACAAGAUGACCGGCUCGAAUAAUGAAAAUUAUGUGAACAAGAGUACAGUUGCUCGCCGGCGAUGGAAGAUCCUGGCGGAGGCCUUGCAGCGGUCCAGUCCCCGGGAUGCCUCACCUGACAGUGCGUCCACGCGGAAGUUUCAGAGCUUCGGCCUUUUAUCCUUUGAUCCCCUUGGCCAGGACUUUUACAUAGUCACAUGCAUUAACUCGGAUUUAAAGGUGACUGUAAGGCUAUUGCGUCGAGACUUCAGCCCCAGUGAGCUAACCGGCUUCAACAAUACAGGCAACGUUUGCAUUUGGCCCUCGGAAGAGAUCCUGACCUACUACUGCCUCAGCAACUUGCACAUCUUCUCUGGGAAGUCCGUCUUGGAGCUGGGGGGGGGGAUGACUUGCCUUGCAGGGAUGCUCGUGGCAGCAAGUGGAGUCGCAGCAAAGAUGGUACUGACUGAUGGCAAUGCGAUAUCUGUCAACAAUGUUCAAGUGUCCUUAGAACGCAAUGACUUGCCCACAGAGACCACCUCCAGGCAAGUUUCACAUUCUAGUUAACUAUUUAGGGUUGGUAAUUUUGUAAACAAGAUAGCUAGGAUGCAUAGGGUACUACUUGAAUAGAUUUUUCACAAGUAUAGAUACUGGAAAUAGGAACACUUGGUUGUAUUAUGUGAAUUAAGAGACAUCACACACACAAUACACUCAUAGAGCCUCAUCCAUAGUCAUUUGCACUUUCAAAUUAGUACAUGGGUUCAUGCACAAACCAAGAUGUAUAAACACAUGCAAUGCUUUCACACAUUUGCCUUCACACAUGUAAAGGACAUACAUGUAUAGAUAAAUUAUCUUAGAUUUUUCUUUCUUUCUUUCUUUUUACCCUGUAGCUUACUUGCCGAUCUUGCACAGUAAACCUGU